AUGUCUGGUGAAGAAAAUCAAUUCAAUGUUCAAGGUUACAAUAUUGUAACUAUCUUGAAAAGAUUAGAAGCUGCCACUUCACGUCUUGAAGAUAUAACUGUUUUUCAAGAAGAAGCAAACAAACAUAAAAACAGUACUGAUUCGUCUUCGAAUAAUCUAAUUGCUUCACAAUCACAAUCUGAUGAUAAAACAGCACUUGCAUUGAAAGAUUCAACAACAACUACCACCACCUCCACUUCAGAAGAAAGUGCCCCAGAACAUAAAUCAGUCACUGCAUUUAGACAAUUUAUUGAAGAGAAUGUUUCGCCUUUUGUUUCAAAUUCCAAGUCAAUUGAUCCAUUAGUUGGUGAAUCAGCUGAAAUUUUCCAGCAAGCAUUUCAAGAUCAAAUCAAAUUUUUAUCAAUUGUUGCCCAAUCACAAAAACCAGAUUUUACUGAUCCUUCAUUCACUAAACUCUUGACUCCAUUAAAUGAAAAAAUUACAAAAAUUAAUACUAUAAAAGAUGAUAAUCGAAGAUCAAAUUUUUUUAACCAUUUAAAUAGUUUAAGUGAAAGUGCAGCUGUACUUUUUUGGUUUGGUGUACCUACACCAGUUUCAUACGUUUCAGAUAUUAAAGAUAGUGCAAAAUUUUGGUCUGACAGAGUUUUAAAAGAGUACAAAGAUAAAGAUAGUUCUAAUGUUGAUUGGGUAAAUCAACUUGCUAAAUUAUUUGAUAAUUUAAAAGGUUAUGUCAAAGAGUAUCAUACUCAAGGACCUUCUUGGAAUCCAAAAGGUAAACCAUUUGCUCAAGCUAUUGAAGAUUUUGAAAGCUCAAGCGAUAAAUCAACUACUAGCUCAUCAUCUUCAGCGCCAGUAUCUUCAUCAGCCCCAGCCCCACCUCCACCACCUCCAGCCUCAUUUUUUGAAGAAACUUCUUCAAAUAACACUUCAUCUACAACACCAUCAGAAGGUGGUAUGAAUGCUGUAUUUGCUCAAUUAAAUCAAGGCUCAAAUGUAACUUCAGGUUUGAAAAAAGUUGAUAAAUCAGAAAUGACCCAUAAAAAUCCAGAAUUAAGAAAACAACCACCAGUUGCACCAAAGAAACCAAAAAAUUUAGCAAGUACUACUUCAAGUUCGAUUAUUGAAUCUUCUCCAUCACCAGUCAAAAAACCUGCGAAGAAAGAAUUAGUUGAUGGAACUAAAUGGAUUAUUCAAAAUUUUACUCAAACAGAUGUAUCUGGUCCUAUUGUUAUUGAAGUUGAAAUGCAUCAAUCUGUGUUUAUUGGUAAUUGUUCUGAUAUAACUUUACAAUUAAAAGGUAAAGCCAAUGCAGUAUCAAUUUCCGAAACUAAAAAUAUUGGAAUUGUUGUAGAUUCAUUAAUAUCAGGAGUUGAUAUUAUAAAAUCUUUUAAAUAUGGUGUUCAAGUACUUGGUUUAGUACCAAUGAUAAGUAUUGAUAAAUCAGAUGAAGGUACAAUAUAUUUAUCAAAUGAAAGUAUCCAAAAUCAAUGUCAAGUAUUUACAAGUUCUACAACUGCAUUAAAUAUUAAUGUACCAGAAGCAAAUAAUGAUUUUAAAGAAUUAGCGGUACCUGAACAAUUUGUUUCAACUAUUCAAAAUGGUAAAUUAGUAAGUCAAAUUGUUGAACAUGCUGGUUAA